UCCUUUCCUGUUUCCCUCCACCUCCUCGGACCAGCCUCCCUCUAAUUCCCCACCUUCUCCCCUCCUCCAUGUCUCUAGGGCAGCUCAAGUUUCCGAAACAGGAGAGAGAAAAACAUUCAUUUGAGUGAUCAUAUUUUACAAUUAUUUAUUUUUGGAUGAGACCCUUCAAAACUAAAUACAAACAAAAAUGAAAAUGAAAGAAAUAGGAGACAUAAUUCCUCAGCAAUGGACGUCACCUUGCGGCAGCCAAUGCACCCACAAAUUUGCUGCUCUUACCCAGAUUCCUUGGAGAGUGUUUUGCAAAAAGGGAUGUGGCGCCGAUGGGGACACGUGGGAAGAAUGUGUGAGCGUAUGCGACCAGAUAUGCUACAAGGACCCAGUAUUAAAGGAUCAGCAGUGGAGUGCUUAUAUUGACCGUUCUCCUGGAGAUGCAAGUUACUCUGAGGAGUGUUUCCAUGCUUGUGUUGCCGGUUGUGGUUACAAGUUUGAGAUGCCUGCUAAGAAGGUUGAAGAGUGCCACCCAAACAGGCCAUGUAAACCUCCUGCUAUGCCGAAACCAGCUAAAAAACCUCUUGGACCACAAGCACCUGUCGCGGAUGAUGUGCCUGGCACUUCUGCUUGACCUCUUAUCGCGAUUCGCGAGUACCCAUUUGGGUAAAAAACUAAAAAUAGUCUUAUAGAAGAAAAAAAAACUAACCAGGCAGACAUUUGAUUUUUGAUUGAAAGGUAAAUCGGUAGGGCUUUUCAGUAAUUAUUUCCUCUUCUUCCCAUGUCUUCUUUUUCGCUGGGGAAGAAGGGAUGAUGGGGCUUUUCCUCUUGUUUCUCGUGCCAUGCUUCAGCCAGCUGCAGCAAGUUCUAAUAUUCUUCAGCUGAAAAAGGAUUUACGGCGGAAAUUUUGUUGGCAUUAACUGUAAAUUCCAAGACUUGUAGGCAUCAAUGCAUUAUACACAGAUUUCUUAGCUGAUGUUUAACUCCUGAAAGAAAUUGGGAAAUAUGUGCUUGUGUUCGGUUUGGUUCA